AGCCUUCUUCCUAAGCGCAGACUGUCAGCCAGUUAGAGGCCAAGUUUCAGUAACGAGACUCUGCUGAUUACACGGCUAUUAUCUGUAGCGCUUCUGUGACACUCGAAUAAUCGAUUCAUUUCGUGUUUUAGUUUAAUUAAAAUAAUGAUUCUGACUUUUUAGUGAAGCAGUCGUUGUAAUGUUUUAAAAGCCAGGAUUAAGAAACUUAGCAACCCGGCUAGCCUCUGGAGCUAGUCGCUUCCUAAGUUCUUGGAGUCUGGGUGGAAUUAGCCUCAUCUUGCUAGCGUUCAUUUUCCCCAGAACAAACCUUACAGGUCUGCUGAUAACCCAACCUUAAUAAGAACCAUGAAGCUCUACAGUUUGUGUGUGGUGUACAAAGGAUCAAACAAGGCCAAUCUUCUUAAAGCAGCCUAUGAUUUGUCUUCAUUUAGUUUUUUUCAGAGAUCCAGUGUACAAGAAUUCAUGACAUUCACCAGCAGCCUGAUAGUCGAGCGCUCCUCAUUAGGAAGCCGUGCGUCCGUCAAAGAACAAGAAUACUUGUGUCAUGUGUACGUCCGAAAUGACUGUCUCAGCGGAGUAGUGAUUGCAGAUAAUGAGUACCCCUCCAGAGUGUGCUUUACUUUGCUCGAUAAGGUUUUGGAAGAGUUCAGUCGGCAAGUGAACAGCAUAGACUGGCCCUCAGGCUCACCAGCUACAGUUCAGUACACUGCUUUAGACAGCUACCUGGCCAAGUAUCAGAAUCCGCGUGAAGCCGAUGCCAUGAGCAAAGUGCAAGCUGAACUGGAUGAAACCAAAAUUAUUCUGCACAACACAAUGGAGUCACUUCUGGAAAGAGGAGAAAAGCUGGAUGACUUGGUACAGAAAUCGGAGCACUUGGGAAACCAAUCAAAAGCCUUUUAUAAAACGGCUCGGAAGCAGAACUCUUGCUGUGAGGUGAUGUGAUGAAUCAGACUGAUUAGGCACUUCUGGACCACCUUUUCCUCGUUUUCGUCCUCUCUUAUUUCUCUGUCUCUCUCUCAGCCUGGAGCUCACACACAGCCGACACAGCAGUUCUAGAGUUCAAGGAUAGAGAGAAUAUGAUGUUCUUUCUUUUUUUUUUUCUUGCUCAGAUGGGUUAGAGGGACUGAUUUCCCAGACUGCACCACAUUAAACUGCACUGUAAGAGGGUUUGCUUUUUCUUCCGUGGUCUAAAACAGUCCACUUAAGGCCUGGCAUCCACCGGGUUUAGAAAGUACACAGCGCAAAGUAAAGGUUAAGACAUAAAAUCUCCAUUGUGCCUUACUUUAAGUGGCUUUGCGUUCAAUUAGCCUUAAAAGUGAACAUUUCAAUGAUGGGCUCUAGUGUGGGGAAAAUGGUUUACAUUUUCUUGUCUUUUUAAUAGUGGAAAAUGCAUUGAUCAUGAGUGAUGACCAGGUUUCAAUGCUAAUGUCUUAUAGUGUGUAUACAUUCAAUUCUUUCCAAAUGGUAAAAUAAAUUCAUUUUCAGUGCAUUA